CCUUGUUUAUGCAGCACACACACACGGAGACCGUUGGGUUCAGAGGAAAUGGGUCAGUGGUCAAGCCAGGAGACAACCCGACCUAGCGAUGUCGUCAUCUUUCACCACCCAGGACGGGGCCCGUGGACACCCAGUAUGAUACCAUUUGCUGUGAAGCUGGAGACUUACUUCAGAAUGACAGACAUACCAUAUCAGGGGGACUAUGGACUGAAGACUUGCCCCGGUACCAGGAAGUUCCCAUGGAUCGAGUAUAACGGCACCGUGCUGGGAGAUUCCUCCAUGAUAAUACAAUACUUCAACAAGAAGUUGGACAUUGACCUCAACAAGGAUCUAACUCCGGAACAAAGGGCGACUGCGAGAGCUAUGCAGAAGAUGGUAGAGGAACAUUUGUAUUGGGCAGGGGUGUGUCUGCGAUGGAAUCACUAUUUCGACCUUUCUUUGAUGACCCAGGCGAUGGGAAUGCCCUACAGGCUAAUCACGUGGUGGGUCAGCAGAAGGAUGACGACUAAUGCCUGGGCUCAAGGCAUGGGGAGACACUCAUUGGAGGAGAUUGAGGGCAUAUUGAACGAUGAUCUUCAAGCCAUUUCGGAUUUUAUAGGCGAAAAGCCGUUCUUUAUGGGCAAGAAAGCGACUGAAGUGGAUUGCGCAAUGUUCGGAAUGCUGUCACAGGUGCGAUGGAAUAUGCCUGGUUUGGGAGAGGAAGGAGUCCGCCUUAUUGAAGAACGCUACCCUCGCAUCUGUGCCUUCUGUGACCGGAUGAAGGAGACCUACUGGCCAGACUGGGACGAGUGUAUCACGUUCGGUGGAACGCGGAUACCGACAAAGUAACAUUACAUACAAAGGUUACAUACAAACCACACCGAAGAUACGGUUUCAAAUUUCUUAAUACAUGUAGCUACAAAUUGUGGAGGCGGGUGGUCGACUUCAUUGUCAUGUGUGUUUUUGGAAUAUUGUUUUCUUGUUGUAAAACUACCCAUCAUUAUAUUGUUGUGUUGUCAAAGAAUAUUAUUAAGUAUUAUAUAGAAUAUGAAAUGUCGAUACAACAUCAUUCCCACAUUCCAUAAGUGCCAGGGCACAUCCACAGGACUGACUGCUAUUCCGAUGUGGGGGCGCGGCUUGCUGUGUCGUCUAAGGCAGUGCGCACAGGGGCGACAGAAAUCUUGACCUUAAGUGAGGUUUCUAGGUGUAUCAGCACCAUACUACCCCCGAAGUGCCAUAUCAAGUCCGCCUAGACUCAGUUUUGCAAGGAGAGGCUUUCUGAACGACCACUGCAUCGAGUUUAUGUGCAUUGUGUUUAGAAGGUCAGCAACCCUGCAGGGUCCUUCGCUUGGAUGAAGUCGACUGGCCUGAAAAGUGAAAGAAGGUGUUCUGUUUGCUGCUCAGGACCAGUCACUUCCGACCCGAAACCGACAAUGUGUGAUUUUGCAGCAAAAUGUAAAUAUGAAAAGUAGAUUAUGUAAUGAAUUUAAUGACAUGCCCAGCUUUGGCACAGUAUCCAAAGCAACAUGGUGAUGUAGCUCGAUCAUUUUAUACGCCGUCUUCGCUUGAUUUUGACACAGAGGUCCAUCCAUGGUACGACCCGGAAUAUCUAGAGGGCGUCGUGGAAAAUGUUAAAUACAAAAUUCUUUGGAAUAGGCCCGUUUACAGCUUCAGACGUAUCCAGGCCAACAAACCUUAUCUUGUCCUUUUUGAUAAAUCCAAUGAAAUCAUUUUUGUCACUGAAUUGACUGUCCCU